AUGUCGUACACUAAGUUUCUCGCCGCUCUGGUGAGGGCAAACUCGGGCAAUGUCAACAAAAUACGCGUCUCACCUGGAAGAUGUCGGUCGACUGUGGCAUCCACCAAGAACCAAGAGGAGAAAGAGCGGCCGAUGGAUGGCUGCACCGUGGUGGAGGCUGUGCCGGUCGAAAUCAUCAGCCAGACCAAAAGUGUUGCGGAUACGAAGUUAAACAAAAUCCACAUUGACUUCGACAACACCCAGGAAGCUUACAGAAGUAAAGGUAACUUUGAACUGCUUCGAAGUCUGCUGGUCUUUAAGCUUUGCACUAUCGACGUCCUCGUUGAAAAGAACAAAGAGUUGAUGGAGCUGACUAAGAAGUUGUUUGGUCAGUGGGUGUUUGAGAAGAUGAUGAAGAUGACCUUCUAUGGUCAGUUUGUGGCAGGGGAAGACCACAACUCCAUCAAACCUUUAAUUCAGAAAAACCAGGCCUUUGGUGUGGGGGCAGUUUUAGACUAUAGUGUUGAAGAGGACCUGACACAAGAGGAGGCGGAGAAGAAGGAAAUGGAUUCGUGUGUUUCUGAAGCAGAGAAAGUCAGUCGAGAUGGUGAUCACCGUGAGAAGAAGUACAAGGCCCACCGUCAGUUCGGGGACAGACGUGGAGGGGUUAUUAGUGCUCGUACCUACUUCUAUGCAGAUGAGUCCAAAUGUGACAACCAAAUGGAGACAUUCAUAAACUGCAUUAAAGCCUCUGGGGGAGCCUCAGCAGAUGGAUUUUCUGCCAUCAAAAUGACCGCUCUCGGACGCCCACAGUUCCUCCUCCAGUUUUCAGAAGUCCUGGUUAAAUGGAGACGGUUCUUUAACUUCCUCGCAGCACAGCAGGGAAAAUCUGAAAUGAUGGUUCUGGAACAAAAACUGGAGCUGGAACAACUCAAGGAAAGUUUGACUAAGAUGGGUGUUGGAGCCAAGGAUGAUAUUGAGAACUGGUUUACUGGAGAGAAGCUGGGUUUGUCAGGAACGAUAGAUCUGCUGGACUGGAACAGUUUGAUAAACGAUACAACAACCAUCUCCAAUCUGCUUAUGGUGCCAAACCUUGAGACACGCAAGCUGGAACCUUUGUUGAACACAUUUACAGCUGAGGAGGAGCGGCAGAUGAAGAGAAUGCUACAGAGAGUGGACGUCCUGGCCAAGCAUGCCGUGGAGAAUGGAGUGAGGCUAAUGGUGGACGCCGAGCAGACAUACUUCCAACCAGCUAUUAGUCGACUGACCCUGGAAAUGCAGAGGAUAUUCAACAGAGAGAAGCCGAUCAUUUUCAACACAUACCAGUGUUACCUCAAGGAAGCCUAUGAUAAUGUAACUGUGGACAUUGAGCUGUCACGACGGGAGGGCUGGUACUUUGGUGCCAAACUGGUUCGAGGAGCGUACAUGUAUCAAGAGAGAGACAGGGCGAAAGAGAUUGGUUACGAAGACCCAAUAAACCCAGACUAUGAGGCCACUAACAGGAUGUAUCACAAGUGCUUGGAGUAUGUGCUGGAGGAGAUCGAACACAGCAGGAAAGCAAAUGUCAUGGUUGCGACACACAACGAGGACACAGUGAAAUAUACCCUAGAAAAGAUGAAUGAGAUGGGCCUUUCACCCACUGAGAAUAAGGUUUACUUUGGACAGCUGCUGGGAAUGUGUGACCAGAUCAGCUUCCCACUAGGUCAAGCAGGUUUCCCAGUUUACAAGUAUGUCCCAUAUGGCCCUGUCAACGAGGUCAUUCCCUAUCUGUCUCGCCGUGCUCAAGAGAACCGUGGUUUCAUGAAGGGAUCCCAGAGAGAGCGUAGCCUGCUGUGGAAGGAGCUGAAGCGCAGGGUGCUUGGUGGUCAGAUUUUCUACAAGCCUGUCUACUGAGUCACAGGACCACAACAUAGUAACUGCAGUGUAAGCAUUCCGUCGUCUCUACUGUACCACUACCUGGUAGCUGCUCUUCGUAGAAUAAGUGGAAUGUCUUUCCUUGGCUUAAGCUGCACAGUGUGGAGGAAAGUUAUGCAGUGUUACUGACAAGUGUGAUACGAUUUGUGACUGGGAUUUAUUUUGCUUUUAGUUUCUCUAAAUCAUCAAAUCAGAAUUAGUUUAUUUAAUUCAAAAAUUGCUUAUCCUCAGAAUCAACUCAACAAAAAAUAUUAAAACGUUCUCCUUUUUUGAAGAAUGUUUAUGCCUCAAUUAAUCCUUUUAUGAUGUACAGCAUGGAAUAAUUCACUGGAGGUUCAAGUAUAUUGUGUAUGUAUGGUUACCAAAAGUGGCUUAGUUGUAUAUAAAAGUUGUCUUUUGCAUUUUUUAUUGGUAAAGGAUGCUCUGUGUAUGUUUUGUUCAGUGUCACUUGAAAGUGCCUUAUGAUUGUUAACUGGAAGCAAUCAGUUACUGUAUAACUUUGUUUUUGUUACUGUACACUCCUCCAAGGGAAUUGUAAUUUUGUAAAUUAUGUUAGCUGUUUAUUGCUGAUACUGUGUCAUUGUAUCUGUAUUCAUAUUCUUGGUUUUAAGUAUGUUGUCCAUAAAAGCAUAAACAGUAAAUGCAGCAUCACAAACCAGAUAAUACUCUUUUUGAUCCCUCAUAAAAGCGCAAAAUGCAAAGUGAGUUUCUAAUUAUGAACUGCUCAGGUUCCUGUACCAUGAAUGUGUGCAAACAAGCCUAAACUACUGUUACUUGGAAGUGAUUGUUUGCCAUAGCUAGCCUUUUUUUCUCCCCCUUUUAUUGUGUGCUGGGCAGCACAAGGCUGAAGAGUGACUCAGUGUGAUCCAUUUCACAGAAUCAUUCACACCUAGUGUAGACAAGAACAUCUUCUCUUUCAAACAGAAACAAUAACUGCAACAGAUGUUCAACGUGGGAAUAACAGGAACUGUUAGGUGUCCUGUUUUCCUUCAUGUUCCAAGAAUUCCUUGCUCUGGUUAUGUUCAAAGAAAACUGCACCCAAGAUCUCAAAGAACACCUGCAUUGUUGCAUAAGCGGCAUGGGAGGAGAAACCGCCUGUGAAUUGAGUUGUUUUUUGUUGAGAACGAUUUCAAAGAUACUGGUUCUGUCAGUAUCUCUGGUUUCAGUGCUGCCGAUAGCUUUUGAAUCAUUUUUAUGUUCUGUUGAAAAUAUACAGGGUGUUUUUAGGGGAAACCACAAAAGCUUAUUGUCGUUUAAGUUGGUCUCAAUGUCAUAAUAACACAAUACCAGUAAUAUAACUACUGUACACACACUGUAUUGUUGUGAGGGGUUGAAAUGUACAAUAACCAGCUUGGUUUAUGCUCCUGUUCCAAUAGGGAAAGUAGAAGAAACCCUUUCAUUUUAAUGUCUCUCACUGACACACACUGGCAUAUAUUUUAAGUACUUGAGCAGGAAUUUGAUUGCAUUUCCUUUGAUGUUUUUAAUUCUCUUGUGUUUGGUUUCCUCAUUAUUGCUGUAUCAGUAUAGCAUAUCUUGUACAGUUGUGAAACAUAUGUAAUUAUUGAUUAACACAAUAAAAUGCAGUUAAUAUAUAAAACAAA